CAUGCGUACAGAUACGACGCGCAUGCGCACAGGUUUGGCGCAUGCGCAUACAUACGCACAUGCGCACACAUGGCGCAUGCGCUAAAUUUAGUCGACAUGACAGGUUUCCUAACCCUGAAUAAUGCAAACUUUAAUGAUAAAUAUUUUGGUUCGCGGAGCAGAGCGAUGUCGUUUUUGCCAGAUUCUUUCGUUUCAUGCAAAAACACGUCGAAUGAGCUUAAUCUUAUCAAAAUUGGAAAAAAACAUGUAAUCACAUAUCACAAGCAUGAACAGACCGGGUGUUCUCGAGCAGCAUAUAUUGAUUGGCAAACUGUCAACCAAUGGUUGAUCAACAUUGGCCAAUGUCUAACCAAUAGACAUGGAUCUACCAAUCACUUGUUCUGUUUGGUAUGAUGCUAAUAAUUAAAUCCGUACAGAGAGAAGCCUGAGAGUGGUCAUGGCCGCGUUUUAGCUGUAACCUUAUUCGCGUAGGUAUAUGCACAAUUUUGUGGUUCUCUUCCGUGCUAGA